AUGGCUGAUACUGGUGUCCCACAAUCAGUCGAGGACGGCGGCAAGAUGUCCUCGCUCUCUCGUCGGGCCUGCUACAAGUGCGGCAACGUCGGCCACUAUGCCGAGGUCUGCUCCAGCAGCGAGCGUCUGUGCUACAACUGCAAGCAGCCAGGUCAUGAGAGCAAUAACUGCCCUCACCCACGCACGACCGAGACGAAGCAGUGUUAUCACUGCCAGGGACUCGGACAUGUGCAGGCUGACUGCCCGACCCUGCGCUUGAGCGGAGGAACUGGCGGCGGACGCUGCUACUCGUGUGGCCAGAUGGGUCACCUUGCUCGCAAUUGCCCGGCCCCAGGCACGGCACCGAUCGGACGCGGAGCAGGUGGACCCCCAAGAGGAGGCUAUGGCGGCGGGUUCCGUGGAGGGUACGCGGGUAACAACCGCGCUGCGACGUGCUACAAGUGCGGCGGACCCAACCACUUUGCUCGCGACUGCCAGGCUCAAGCCAUGAAGUGCUACGCCUGCGGCAAGCUCGGACACAUCAGCAGGGACUGCACUUCACCCAAUGGCGGCCCUCUGAACCAAGCAGGCAAGACAUGCUAUCGAUGCGGCGAGGCCGGCCACAUCAGCCGUGAGUGCCCACAAGCCCAAGUCGACGGCGCCGUGAACGGCGAGAUGGCGGCUGGCGUCCCACCGGAAGUGGUGGCCGACCCAUCGCUCGCACCGUCGGCGAUUGCGGCUUAA